UAUGCAGUACAGGUACAGUGAUGAUACGCUGUACUGCUUGUAUCAUAAUAUCAUGUAUACUUUUUGUACUGUUACCGUACAGUUACGUCGUACGCCGCCAUCUCAUGGCAGUACAAUACCAGUACGAUAGUGGUAUUUUGUGCGGAUAUCGCACGCUUGGUUAUCUGGGCACAUUUAGCAUGACACCGCCGGACUUCGACCGAUUGUCCCGUGUGAGUAAACGGCCUCGGGACUACUUGUUAUCUCUCUAGAUCGCGAACAGCACCGAUGCCAAUGUCGAUAAGCUCCUGAUACGACAGUCGCUGUUGCUCCAGGCGAAUAGCGAUGGGUAGCAAAUACAGCCCGGGGAAGAUCACUCUGGGGAUGAUCAAAGGCAAACCGAUCACCACGUCGGUGCCAGUGAUCCACUAUCGAGCCAACGACGAUGAAUUGGAAGAGCUCUAUCCGAGCUCCUCCGACGACGAGAGGCGUCUCACUCCGGAGUCCGACAAGAGAAUACCGUCGAGCCCCUCCAAGAGCAGCGAGAAUGGAUGCCAGGGGAUGGAGAACGACGCGGAGAAACGUUUCAUCGACGAUAACGCAUUCGAGGGCACCCCCCCGUCCUCGGAUCCGUGGAAAGUGUUGUCCGAGAUCAAAGGAAAGAUCACGAAGACGUUGGAGGAGAAACUGUCCGAGAUGAAGAGCGACAAGAGGAAGAAGAAGAGGAGGAGGCACAACAAGGAAAAUUCCAGCAUCAGCGACUCGGAGGAGACUCUGGGGGACGUCACGCCGACCGAUGAGAAAGUCAACGACAGGCAGCAAGACAAGGAAUUCGCGCGCGGUAAGGGUAACGCCGCGCGGUUCGUAGGUUUCUCGCAGGUGAGAACCGGUCUGAAAACGAAAAACUCGCAAGACGACAGUGUGGAGAGUGGCGUGGAGGCUGCUGAAUCUUCCGAGCUCGUUCCCGAGCCGCUCCCGUACGAGUUGCAAGACGACCUUCGCGCCGAGGACGGCCGGGAAAACGACGUCACGUGCCGUCGUGGGCUUUUCAAUCAGCCUGCAGACGUGCAGACGAAAGAGGUGAAAUUCAACGCGUUGCUCAAUCACGCGAAGGAUCAUAUCUUUCAACUGUUAACGAAGCAGUUAGCCGCGCUGCUGGUUCUUGUGCUCGCAUUCUGCUUUCUCAUUCCGUUGCCCGCCCACUUGGUCGGCUUUUCCGCAGGCGUAUUCGUCACGGUAGUGGUGUACAAGCUGGUGCAGAGGAUCAAGGAGAUUUUGACGACGCCGUUGGAUAAGGAACCUGCGCACGUAGCGAUGCCGGUGCUGGAGAUACCGGCAGCGGAGGAGCACGCGGUCCAAGAGCGAUACGAAGGAUGGCUAAACGAGCUGCCAUACACUUACGAUCCUCACAACUACCACGUGGCGCGCACAAAGUCGGUUUUCUUCAGUCUGGAGGGUGGAGUGCUGCGCGUUACGGAGACCAGAAUGAAAGUACCAAAGAGGGCGGUGUGGGAUGAGCCGAAACGAAAAUAUAAGUUUAGCCGAAAACGCGUGUACAAUCUCACUGGUGCGAAAGUCGAGUUGAUACCGGAAGGACUCACUCGAAGAAGGAGAUGGAGCAAGAAAUAUCCAAUUUGUAUCACGCUGGAUCAAAGUGCGUUGGUAGACAGCACGAGUCUGAGCGAUUGGACAGACCUCGGAAAGGAGUCCUUCGAUGAUGAGAAGAAGAUUAUUCAAGUGGAAGGAGCCAGUCAGGAGAUCGAGGAAAGCACCUUGGGCGAGGAAACGAAAAGCGAGGAUGAGGAUUCUAGAUUGGAAUAUUUUAACGAAGAGGAUGAGUUUAAGAUCGACGAAGACGAUGACGAUGACGAUUUUUCGCAAUCAAAGUCCAUCAGGAGUAUCUACGAGGACUGUCGCGACAACGAGGAGGCUACCAAGUGCAGACUUUAUGUGUUUGCACGCGCCGAUCGAGAGAAGGAAGACUGGUUUCGUAGAUUAGCAUCAGCGGCGUCUCUUUCGAGGAAACGACAUUCAAUCUGUUCCGUAAAUGACUCCGUAUCCUGCGCGAAUGCAAUCUCUGCACAGUCGGACGUGGCAGAAACUAAGUCGCUAGAGGCGACUUCUCCCGAAGUCACUUACAGUACCUAUAUGAGCAAGUACCUGAAUACGGAUCCUGAUGAUUCUCCAAGGGAGAGCGACGUCCUUUGGGCAAAUUGUCUCCUGGGACGGCUGGUAUUCGAUAUGCACAGUUGUCCAGAGACGAUCAAUCUUAUUCAGGAUAAAAUACAGCGUAAACUCUCCAACAUAAAGCUUCCGUACUUCAUGGAGAGCCUCCUCGUGACGGAAGUGGUGAUCGGACAGGACGCUCCGACGAUUCAUAAAGUCGCCAAGCCGACGCUCGACGAGCGGGGGCUCUGGUUCGACUUGAACAUCAGCUACAAAGGCAGCGUGACGAUGACUGUAGAGACGAAGCUGAAUCUAAUGAAGCUGACGCGCGCAAGCAGCGUACCCAGUGACAUUGUUGACGAGAAGCCUGUUCCCACCAGAUCGCCGAUUUUCGAUAGCGAUGUAGAAGACAGUCCGGAGACAUCCACCGAAGACGAAGAUAUAGGAAACGUCGCGUCGAACGUCGCAUCUAAAGAGACCACACCAAUACAGUCUUCUGGUAAGAAGUUUCUUAACAUGGUCGACAAGCUGACGGCCAACAAGUAUUUCCGACACGCUACGGAGCUGUCUUACAUACGAAGGGCGAUGGAGGGUGUUUCCAACACGGAGAUCCGUUUCAUGGUCAGCAUAUCCGGCAUCGAGGGCUGUCUCCUGGUGAACAUUCCCCCGCCACCCUCCGACCGGCUGUGGUACGGUUUCAAAUCAGUGCCAAAGAUUGCCCUCACCGUGCAACCGACCCUCGGCGAAAGGACCGUCAACAUCGUGUACGUGAGCAACUGGAUAGAGAACAAGCUGCUCAGGGAAUUCGAGAAACUAGUCGUUCUACCAAAUAUGGACGAUCUGGUCCUGCCACUCUGCCCAAAUUAUCCUUUCACCGCAACGUAAACGAAUCUUGCGCCGGCCAAAAUAGCCUCCAGCUUUUAUAUAUCUUUUAUUUUUUUUUAUUUAUAUUUUGUGAACAACACAUAUUUAACGCUGUCGUGUGUUAAUCAAGAAAUCAUAUAUUUUUCUUCAAUACAGUGAUUUACCGAAAUUGAUAUUUACAAAAAAUUGCGAAAAAAAAUGAAGAGACUUUUAGAUAACAGUGUAGCUUUAGCGGUUUUUACACAAUUUUUUAAUAUUGUCAUUGCAUUAUUUAUCACCAUUUAUUAACCAUGUACAGCAUCUACAAGAAAGCGGGAGGAAUUAUUGUGAUAUAUUAUUAUAUACGUUAUUUUACAUUUAUAAAAUUCAAUGAAAAAGAAGGUGGGAGAGACGAAGUUUAUUAUGAGUGAGCAUUAUUUUUAUUAAAAUACGUAAAAAGAUAUAUGGGCGAAAGAGGUAUAUACAUAGGGAGACAAUUUAAUUAAUGUUAAGUACAAACCUCGCUGUUUAUUUUGUUUAGUCGUAUAAUUUAUAAAAUCGAGUAAAAUAUCAAUGCUGUGCGCCAUAACUUGAGGAAGGAAGGAUAUGCGUCAUUGUGAUCGUCGAAUUUAGUCAUUUAAUAUAGGCAGCUGAUGCGAAAUUUUGUUGAAUUAUUAUUAAAAUUGUAAAAUAAUUGAGUUAAAGUGAAAUUAAAUAAUCAGUGAAUUUGGGCAAAUAAAAUUGAGGCAAAAUGAUGAGGCAAUGAAACGAGACAACAGAAAAUUAGGCGAUUUUCGCGCCUUUGUAGAUCGUAAUCUAAUAAUUAGGUUUGUGCAAACAAAAAGAUGCAGUUGCAAUCGGCAAUUGCAAAAUGAAAAGUGAGAAGAGGACGCGCGAUAUAGCGUAUUAAUUACGUUUAUUAAAAAUGAUAGAAACGAUAAACGCGCGCAGAUUGCAAACGCGAUCUUAAAGUAUUAAUUUUGCGCAUGCGACCGUUGACACGAUAAGCACGGAGUUGUGCUGUGUCAGUCGGCUUACGAAUAAAUAUGUAAAUUUAAUUUCUCUGUAGACCGUUGAAAACUGAGAAACUUAUAGUCAAUGGCUCUUCAACGAAGUGUAUAGCAGAAGGCUUUAUUACUCCUCCUCUGUCUUGAAUGAUCGGCUAAGUGAAUCACUUUACACGUUCAACGACACUAGCAAAGAAAAAGCAAAAUGUUCAUUAAUGUAUAAUCGAAUAUACAGUUUGUAUCUACUAGCCAGCUUGAUCUGUGAGCUGUGUUAUUUUGUUUGAUACUAUACAAAAAAAUAUAUAUAUACGUAUAUGUAUAUAUACGUGCGCGUUCGUGUAUUUGCGUGUCUCAGGGAGAUUAUAUAUAGAUUAAAUUCUAGAGCCACGCGAGAUGUGUUUUCGCGUUACUGUAGAGAGUACCACGGAUAUUUUUUUAAUGCACAAAAAGCUUUUUAUAUCAAAAUGUAAGACAAAUUACAAUCGACGAUGGCCAAUUCUCAUACGUUUAAAUAUAAAACCAAUUGCAAUAAAGCAAAUAUAUUUUGUAAAGAUUUUUUGAAACGAUAUUCUGUUUAAGACUCGUACCGUUGCCGAUCUCUCUCACAUGGUUCCAGAAUUAAAUCACAGAGGUAUAUUAAAACAGUUUUUGCAGAAAUAAAUUAUUGUACAUUACCAA